UGGAUGAAACAUGCAAGUUGCUGCAGAGAGAAGGUGAUAUUAGUAAUUUUACAAGUCAACCUUAAACAAGUAGUCAACGUGUGAUCAGUUGAUCGAACCACAUACUCAUGUAUAAAUAACGGGAUCUCUGUUACUUUUCUUCAUAUCCUUGUCCAUAAAAAAAAAUGAAGUUUCUUAUUGCUAUUUGCAUCAUCUUGUGGGCAUGUGCAUACACAACAAUGGCUCGAACAAUGUCUGAAUCAUCUGUUGUUGAAUCACAUCAACAAUGGAUGACGAAAUAUGGACGCACAUACACAAAUAGUUCCGAGUUAGAGAAACGCAAAAAGAUAUUCGAAGAGAAUUUGAAAUACAUAGAGAAUUUCAACAAUGCCGGUAACAAGAGUUACAAACUUGGCCUAAAUCCAUAUUCUGAUUUAACUAGUGAAGAGUUUAUUGCUUCGCAUACUGGACUCAAAGUUCCUAGCCAACUUUCUUCCUCCAAGACGAUGUCAGUUGCGGUGCCCUUCAACCUGAAUGAUGAUAUUCCAACAAAUUUAGACUGGAGACAACAAGGAGCGGUCACCGAUGUUAAAGACCAACAAAAGUGUGGAUGUUGCUGGGCAUUUUCAGCUGUGGCUGCUAUAGAAGGCAUUGUGAAAAUCAAAACUGGUAAUUUGAUUUCAUUAUCAGAGCAACAAUUGGUUGAUUGUGAUAGUCAGAAUAAUGGGUGUUUUGGAGGUUAUAUGGAUAAUUCUUUCAAAUAUAUAAUACAAAACCAAGGCAUUGCUAGCGAAUCAGAAUAUCCAUACCAAGGAAAUCAGCAAACCUGCAAAUUAAAUGAUCAAAUGACACCGGCAGCACAAAUAACUAGUUUUGUUGAUGUACCUGCCAACGAUGAACAACAGCUACUACAAGCGGUGGCACAACAACCAAUAUCAGUAGGCAUCGAUCCUGGUAUUGAAUUUCAUUUAUAUAAGGAAGGGGUUUAUUCAGGAACAUGUGGAAGACCCUUCAACCAUGCGGUUACUGCAGUUGGUUAUGGUGUAACUGAUGAUGGAAUUAAGUACUGGUUGAUUAAGAAUUCAUGGGGUAAAAAUUGGGGUGAAGAAGGCUAUAUGAGAGUGUUGAGAGAUAGUGGUAAACCUGGAGGUCAAUGUGGCAUUGCUGCGCAUGCAUCGUAUCCCACGAUAUAGUAUUUUUAUGUGAAUUUCACAAUAUCAGUUCUUGCUUUGUUGUAAUAAACAAAUCUCCUAUGUUGUCUUUUAAUUACCUUUUCUGAAGCUCUUCGCUUCUUCAUGUUCAUUCUUAUAUUGUAUUGAAAUUCAGCCUAUAUCAAUCAAGGAAAAAUAAACACUACUUAUAAAGAAA